AUGUGCACAGCAGAUCAUGUGCCCGGGAGACCAUGUGCACAGCAGAUCAUGUGCCCGGGAGACCAUGUGCACAGCAGACCAUGUGCACGAGAGACCAUGUACACGGAUACCAGAACCUACAAAGAUCCUGACAGAACCUACAGAGAACCUACAGAGAACCUGACAGAGAACCUACACAGAACCUACAGAGAACCUGAACCUGACAGAGAACCUACAAAGAUCCUGACAGAACCUACAGAGAACCUGACAGAGAACCUACAGAGAACCUACACAGAACCUGACAGAGAACCUACAGAGAACCUAAACAGAACCUACAGAGAACCUGACAGAGAACCUACAGAGAACCUACAGAGAACCUACACAGAACCUGACAGAGAACCUACAGAGAACCUGACAGAGAACCUACAGAGAACCUACAGAGAACCUACACAGAACCUACAGAGAACCUACAGAGAACCUGACAGAGAACCUACAGAGAACCUGACAGAGAACCUACACAGAACCUACAGAGAACCUGACAGAGAACCUACAGAGAACCUGACAGAGAACCUACAGAGAACCUGA